AUUCGCGCACCAUUUUGAACGCAGCACAGAGGGAACCAGCAACACGGCCACUUCUACCUGACAGGUACCAUCUUCUAACCAACAAACGAUGAGAAUAAUUUCACUCAAGCCGCAUCAGAGCAAACAUUCGUCCACAAAGUGAGGAGUCCCGGUGUGGUUUUUCCCGUGCAAAGUGCAAAUUAAGAAGUGACCAAGCCAACCAUCACCCUCCAUUCAGGGGAAGAGUGCAAACCGUGGACAAUUUUUUUGUGUGUGGCUCGUUUCUCCUUCCUCAUCCUAACCAGUACAAACAUAAGUAUUUCACAAAAUGAGUGGUGCCCGUGUGUACGUCGGAGGACUUCCGUAUGAUGUCCGGGAGCGCGAUUUGGAACGCUUUUUCAAAGGCUAUGGACGAGUUACGGAAAUUUUGAUAAAGAAGGGAUACGGUUUUGUUGAGUUUGAAGAUUACCGUGACGCGGACGAUGCCGUCUAUGAGAUGAAUGGUAAGAAGUUGCUUGGUGAGAGAGUGACCAUUGAACCGGCUCGGGGUACCGCCCGUGGUUCCGGUGGCCGCCGUGAGCGUGAACGUCGUGGAGGACGUUCCCGCUAUGGACCUCCACUGCGCACCAAGCAUCGUUUGAUUGUGGAAAAUUUAUCAUCCCGCAUUAGCUGGCAGGAUCUGAAGGACUACAUGCGUCAGGCGGGGGAAGUGACCUACGCCGAUGCUCACAGGGACCGUAAAAAUGAAGGUGUAGUCGAAUUCGCUACUAGUUCGGAAAUGAAAGCCGCCAUCAAGCAGUUGGACGAUACGGAACUAAACGGACGUCGUAUCCGUUUGCAAGAGGAUCGUGGAGGACGCGGUGGUGGUGGCGGCCGUGGUGGACGUAGUCGUUCCCGUUCGGAUAGUCGUUCCCGGUCACCGUCCAGACGUCGUUCCCGAUCGGGAUCUCGUCGUUCGUCACGUUCCCGUUCCCGCUCCCGCUCAAAGAGUCGCUCGCUGUCGAAGAACGGUCGCAAGUCUCGCUCGCAGAAGGGCGAUCGUGACGUUUCCCGUUCCAGAUCCCGCGAGGCCGAUAAAAAGUCAAAAUCCCGUUCCAAGAGCCGCGAUGAUCGUCGUUCUCGUUCCCGAUCCCGGUCCAAGGUGGAGAAAUCUCGCUCCCGCUCGGUAAGUCGUUCUCGCUCCAAGGACAAGAAACCGGAACGUUCUCCGAGCCACGACCGGGGUGAUCGUUCCCGUUCCCGCUCGGAACGUCGCUCGCGCUCGCGGUCAAAGUCCAAGGAUGCACGAUCGCGUUCUCGUUCGCGGUCCUAUUCCCGAUCUCGGUCCCGAUCCCGUGACAGUCGCUCCCGCUCGCCCGUCGAAAAACGCGGACGAUCCCGUUCGGCAUCGGCUGACAACAACCAUAAGAGUAUGGAAGAUUGAACGGCAUACCGGAGAGAAAGCUUUUAUUAAAGAAAGAUUACACACAAUUUACUGAUGUAUAACAAUAAUUUGAUUUGAAAUACAACAUAACCAAUUAAAUGGAAGGCAUGUUUUCUUUUACUCUGUACUGUAGGUUUGAGAUCCAAAUGAAAUAAAAACCUGUAAAACUGAUGCGAA